AUGCCACCCCGUCCACCGCCCAGAGGAGGAAGAGGAGGUCCUCCAAGAGGAACUGCUCCUCCCCGCGGCGCUCCUCCUCCAGGUGCUGGUCGUGGCCAGUCGAGCACCGCUGCCGCUCCUCCUGGCCAAGUUAUGCUCGCAGAACACGUCCAGACGAUCGGUGUCCGUAAAACAGGCUAUGGACGCGAAGGACGCCCAUUUGAGGUCUUUACAAACCAUUUUGCAGCAAAGAUCACCGACAAAAUUAUCAUUCACUACGAUGUCAUUCAUCCCUCGGAGAAGACUCUACCAGCUAGACUCAACUUUGAGAUUAUCGAGGCACUUCAGACGAAAUGCUACCCUCAAGUGUUCACACCACGCGCAGUCUACGACGGCAGAAAGAAUAUGUUUGCAUCUCAAAUCAUUUCAUUCCCUUCUGGUCACGAGACUCAACACGAGUUUGAUGUCUUCCUCGACGGCAUCCCCGAAGAUCCGUCCGCUGCGGAUGCUCCAAAGUCGUACAAAGUCCGUUUGACCAAAGUGGCGACAAUCAACCCAGAAGUUCUUCAUCGCUUCCUCAGUGGCCAGCAAAGCCACGAUAAUUCUGUCCUCACGGCAAUCACCGCACUCAACGUGGUUGUCCGCAUGGAACCAUCGCUCAAGUAUCCAUUCAAUGUACGAUCGUUUUUCACAAACCGAGAAACAAAGGAUAUUGGUCAGGGUAUGGUUCUUUGGCGAGGCUAUUUCCAGUCUGUGCGUCCUGCCGUAGGACGCAUGCUCAUCAACAUUGACAUCUCCACUGGUGUCAUGUAUAAAUCAGGCUCUCUUAUCGAUCUCUGCCUAGACUUCUUUGGCAAGCCCGGUAACCCAGCCAUCCUCGCUCCCUCGCGAGGUCUGCCCGAACGUGAACGCCAACGUCUUUCCCGCUUCCUCGUUGGUGUUCGCGUCGUCACCCGUGUCGCCCAGGCCCAAGGCCAACAACGUCCUGGGGGGCGCCAGGCUAACCCACGUGUCAUCAAGCGUCUUUCAAAUCAGAGCGCAAAGGAUCUCAGGUUUAGUCUGCGCGAUGGCACGACCCAAUCCGUGGCGGACUAUUUCCGCAUCACGUACCGCCGAGAACUUCGAUACCCAGACCUUCUCUGUGUCGAGGUCGGCUCUGGCGCGCUUCUUCCACUCGAAGUAUGCGAAGUUCUUCCUGGCCAGAUUAUGCGCAAACAAGUUCCACCCGACAAGACGUCAUCCGUCCUCGAGUUUGCCACCAAGAAACCCGAGGCGCGUCUCGAAUCCAUCGUCAACGGGCUUAAGGUACUCGAGUAUGACCAGUCAGAGUAUCUCAGAAGCUUUGGACUCACUGUCGACACGAAUGGACCCGUCAAGAUUAAGGGACGUAUCUUGCCUGCACCGACGAUGCUCUACGGCCAAGGCAGUCGUCAACAGAAUGUGAAUCCGCGUAAUGGCGAAUGGAAUAUGAUUGACAAGAAGCUCUACCGACCUGCGUCUAUCAACCGAUGGAUCGUCAUCAUCUUUGAACGCCAGCAGCGCUUCUCGCAAAAUGCUGCAGAUGACAUGAUCAAUGGCCUUCGUAACGCGACGGCUGCGGUCGGUAUCACUGGCUUCCAGAGUCAGCCUAGGGUUUCUUGGGAGAAUCCACAAGCAGAUGUUAUUGGCACUCUUCGACGCCAUGGGAUGGAGAUGCGUAAUACGGCUGGCGGCUUGCCAGAUAUCUAUAUCAUCGUUCUCCCGGAUGGUGCUGCAGAUCUCUAUCAGCAGAUCAAGCACUUCUCCGAUAUCCAGGUCGGUGUCGCCACUCAGUGCUUGAAGAGCAACAAGUGCUUCCGUGCGAAGCCGCAAUAUUACGCGAACGUCUGUCUAAAGAUCAACGUCAAGCUCGGUGGCGUCAAUACCGUUCCAGAUGCGAAAGCGAUUCCUUUCCUCGCCGACCGUCAGAAUCCGGCAAUUAUCAUUGGUGCUGAUGUCAUUCAUCCGUCUCCUGGCGUGGAGAAUAAGCCUUCAUUUACAUCCAUGGUCGCCAACAUUGAUCCCAUGUUUUCUCGCUACGUCGCCAUUUCCAAGGUCCAGAAGUCGAGACAGGAGAUUAUAGAUCACGCUCAGGAGAUGGUUGCGCAUUGCUUGCGCAUGCAUAUCAAUUACAAGAUUGAGACUGGUAUUGAGCAAAAGGCUGCGUUUCCCCGCCGUAUCAUCGUCUUCCGUGACGGCGUCAGCGAGGGGCAAUUCAAGCAAGUCAUUGACGGAGAAAUUCCAAAGAUCAAGGCUGCCUGUGCCGCGCUCAAUCUUCCCGUCACUCCAAAGCUCACCGUCGUCGUUGUCGGCAAGCGCCAUCAUGUCCGUUUCUUCCCUAUGCAAGGUCAAGGCGAUCGUAGCGGCAACUGUCCAGCAGGACUCGUCGUUGACAGCGAGGUUGCGUCGCCAGCCGAAUUCGAUUUCUACCUCCAGUCCCAUGCAGGUCUUCUCGGCACGUCACGACCAGCACACUACAACGUCCUCUACGACGAAAAUGGGUUCACGCCUGACUCAAUGCAGCAACUCGCGUUUACGCUCUGUCACGUCUACGCCCGCUCGACGCGUUCGGUUUCGAUCCCGGCACCAGUCUACUAUGCUGACAUUGUGUGCGCCCGAGCCAAGAAUCACUUUGAUCCCUCUCUCAACGUCGACUUGUCCGAGACCGACUUGACACCUACCGACCCCGGACAAAAGUCUUCGGCAAAGACCCUCUCUCACUAUCAAAAGAAUUUCAAACCUCUUGCACAGACCGCGCAGCGUCGCAUGUAUUUCGCCUAA